CUUGAGAGUUAGAUGAGAAGAUCAACGCCACACUCAGAUCUAAGAGUAUUACACUCGAAGCAGUUUACCCAGGCUGUGUGCAGCCCUAGAUAACUAUCAUGCUGGCCUGUAUCCAGAGAAGGCAGAACCUCUCGCUGCAGAAUCUGGCCUGGACACCCAAAAGCCUUGAUGUUCCACCACCGCCAUUACUGCUGGCAGUACCACCACUGCAGCCGUGCACCCUCAAAGGCGAGCCAGCCUCCAUGAUUUCUCGGUACCCGUCUCCUGCAGAGUUGGAUGCUUUUGCCCAGAGGACCGCCAACAGCCCACUGUCCAUCAAAAUCUUUCCGUCUGACGUCCGGGUGCCACAACAUAAACAGCUUAACAAAACAGUCAAUGGCUUGGACACCACAGGCACACGCUGUAGCCCGUUCUCAGGAGGCCCCCAGGGAUUGUUGGCCGUCAUCAAAGCCUCCGUGGUAGUCAAAGGUGUGGUGAAAAACUCGGAGGGCAGGAGGACUAAACACGCAAACACCCAGACCUCUGUGGUGCCGUAUAAUAAUCCUCUGAACAAUGGCUACACAGUCAGACACGGGCACAAGGCCUAUCAUAUAAGCUCAUGUAAGCCCCAUGAUGUUCCCAUCGAGACACUUUGUUCUAGCACAGGGAUGGCCUCCAGAGAUCAGAGCCGGGCCCCCCAGGUUGAGCUGGCGGAGGUUCAAAGCCUGAUGAGGCAGAUGAGCAGAGUUCCCCACAGCCAGGCCCUGCCUGGGGGAGAGGCUCGAGCCAGCCCCUCUCUGCAGGCUGUGGCCGCGGUGGCACAUUCAGACUCAGACUUUGCCCUGGGAGUGCCGCCCCAGAGCAGUCUCGCUUUUACAGGGGCCGUGCUACCGACACAGAGUGCAGACGUAGCCAAAGCUGGGUACUUGGAGAAAGGAGACUACACAAUGUGGCAGCAUAAACAUCAGAUUCAGCUGCAGCAGCAGCAGCAGCAGCAGCAGCAGUCCUAUCAGCAGGGAGCAGUGAGGAUGUACAGUGUGAGUAACAGUGCUCAGAGGCACAGAGCCGUAGAGGCCGGGGUUGGCCAGUCUCCUGAAACCUGCCUCCCUUUGCCGUGCUCCUCGCAGCUGUCGCAUAGGCCUCAUCAGGAGCGAGGCAGCGGCUCUUCUCUGAACUGCGCCGCCAUGCAGGGGGAGUUCUCCGUCGGACAGUACUUCGCUCCGCUCUGGGACAGCGUUGUGGCCACCCCUAACAGCGACUGUUAUCCUUCUCAGGGCCCUAGAGACCUGGGACUCCCCCAUCCCCAUCCCCAUCCCCAUCUCCAUCCCCAUCCAAGCCGCCAUCAACCCUUCCACCCACAGAGACACCAGCCGCAGCUCCACCUGCAUCUCCCUCCUCAUACCCAGGCCUACAGUACAGACCAAAACCUCUGUUGUGGGCUGCCUAGUUCCAGCAUGUGCCACGCUGCAGUACUUAGCAGCAGCCUGCAGUCUCUGGAGUGCCUCAUCAGUGAGAUCCAACCUCCCUGCAUCAAAGAGUGCAUGCUGGGCCGUGGGUACGAAGCCAUGGGGAUGCCUCAGCUACUGGAGCACCACCAGCAGCAGACCCACAUCCAGCUACCCGUCUACAGAUAAGAAACAGCGUGAUGCCACGAAGCGGGGAAGCAGAAGUGACGAACCUUUUAUAGACGAUAGAAGUGUGUCAGUUUAGACAUCUAUGAGAAUGAGACAGGCCUUUUUUAGUUUGUGCAUGUACUUUAUUUGUAGAAGGCUUUGUGUUUUUGAGCUUGAAAGGUGAACGAUAAUCAUGACUUAAGAUACAGGUUCAUCUUAUGGACUUGUUUUAUUUUUAUAUCUUAAAUGGCCAUCAAAUAUGCCUGCUGUUCCUCAUUUUAAUGCUGAUGCUGAGCACCUAAUCAAUCAAUUUUCCAUUGCAUUAAAACAAAUACUGUAUAUUUUGCAGGUGAUUCCUCAGUAAGCCUAGAAAGAAAGUAAACCCACUGAACUGAAAUAAUCUUGUUACCCUUCUGAAACAUUUCCUUGAAUCUAAAAAGGUUAAUUGGUAACAGUUCUUUGUGAAUAUGUUAUAUAUUUUUAACAUAAAUGGCUUCUUAUUUGAACAUUCCUUAAUUAUUAACUGAACUUUUAGUUGCCUGCUGCUUCAUUGUGUUGAUUAUUUCGUCCACUUUUCAGUGACUCCUGAAUUAACAGACUAAAGCGGUAACUCAGCUUCUGCAAUAUGAUUCAAAUUUCCUGGCUGCCAUUUGAGGAAAAUUUUGGUCAUUUGUAUACAAACGUGAAUAGAUUUGUUUUGUAAAGCAGCCAUAGAGAAAGUUAUGUAAUCUAACAUCUUGAUUGAUUUAAAGUAGGCUUGCUCAGCACAACGUAUUAGGACUGUUGCAUAUCCAAAUCAACACCGCGGCAAAUCAGGCCAAGCUAGAUGUGCCCUUUGGUUGUAUUUUUGUUGACCUUUUUUUUUUUUAUUUUAAGAUUGUUGCUUGGACAUUUUGUCUUGAAUGAAAUAAUCUCUGGAAAGUUGUGACACUGUUACAUAAUGCCUGAGUAUAUAUAUAUAUGAGUGCCAUGUUGGAGAGCAGGCCACCUUAAUCAUUUACAUUAUCUUCUUUGUAGGGCUAUAUUAUCUCUGAUGGUGUGAGACGUAUGACUGAGUAGGUCUCUGUGUGUCUGCACUGGUUAUGUGAUAUUAUUUAUUUAUGUCAGCCUAAUGAGUUAUAUGGCAAGCUGUCUCUAUAAUUAUAAAGUGCAAUUAUUAUAUAUGAACAGGUGAGCGCUCUCUGUGAAGUAUGUUGCUGAAAUAACUACAUUUUGAAAUGUAUGACCCUAAUCCCUGUACCCUUUUUUGCCUCUUCUUAAUAAGGAUUGUCGAGUAAAUGAAAUUUUCUA